GAGUCGAAAAAUCCUUCACACAAAAACCCUAAUCUCAUCAUUUUCUUUUCUCAAUGGAGAAAGGGGAAUUCCAGAGGCGAGCGUUUCUGUCGGCGUUCUUCUGGUUUCUGAUCGUCAACUCCUCGUCGGCGACUGUGAAUGCGUCAAAUGAAGCCCUCAUUGCGCGGGCUGGAAGACUGCUGCAGCGGAAGCGGAAGUGGAGGUCUCUGCGGUGAGGUUCUUGAGUCUUCCUCCUCCUCCGGUUCUUCCAAGAAUCGCUGCGAUGGAAAGGCGUUCAUCAGGUGCGAUAGUUCUCUUUCCUUGUUCAAUCGUUCGCGUUCGCGUUCUGGCAUACUUUCUCUCCAUGGUGAAGUGCAUCUUGUGCAAUCCGUAACAGAACCCAACAAGGUAUUUGAUUUGGCAUCCUAUCUCUAAGAUUUUUGUUCAAUUAGUGUCGCUCUGCUGCAAAUCGAAUUGCGUCGUCAUAUAAGAUGUAUUGGUGAGACCUCAAAUGGUGCAAUAGGCUGGAUUCUGCUCCCUGAAGCUUUUAGUUGGCUCAUUUUUUCUUUCGUAUAUAGGUUUUGAUCUUUGAAGCUUUCAUCGGAUAGUCGAUAUCUAGGUGUUAGUUUUACCUAUUAUCCUUAUGUCUGUGCUCUGCUUUGAUGGUUCUUAUGGAUCAAUCUAUUUCUCUAGACCUGUUUGCAGUGACAAGAGCAGUUUCCGUUUCUACAACAUAAUGGGUUCUGUGAAUGGUUGACCAUGAUUUGUAUCUCAUAUGUUAUGGGUCAUUUUGAACUUGUUCUUCCUCCUCUUCCUGUCAUUAGUCCCAGAUAAUCUCCAAUUAACCCAAUAAUCAAUACAUGGGAAAUGUUUUA